UUUCAACCUCAAAAAAUAACUUCAGUUAUGUAUCAUGAUCUUUAACAAAAUAACUAUUGAGUUGACUGUUUAUUUUUGGAAGAAAAUGACAACUUGCAGCAGAUAAAUUAUUUACAUGAAAACUUGCUGUACAAUUAUGAACGUUCAAUGGUUAUUUUGCGAUUACUCCAAUUAUGCUGUGAUAAAUGUUUGGAGUUACAAGCAAAUAAUACAAAUAGAAUAUGCCGAAUUUUUAAACCCACCAUGGAAUGUCCCUUGUCGGUAUCUGAUAGAUCGUUAUUCGUUACUUCCUCAGGUUCAGAUUUUCACAGAAGAGAGGAAGAAGAGUUCAUCUUUAACCAUGGAAUCUUUAACCUAACACAGUUAUACUUGUAUUUACCUGUUAAGGGAGCGUAAAGGAGUAGUUGAAAAUUUGAAUGUUUUUAAUUUUUUUUCUUCUCGAUGAAUAAAUAUUAAUUCAGACUCAGCAUGUCUUUCCAUAGAUUGUCUUCUUGGUUUCUCACCAACCAGGGGAAAACAUUCAGUUUCUAUGCUGCUGGGACAGCAGUAGUAGCUACAAUGGCCGGGCAUUUUUUACCACAAACUGUACUGUUGGACAAAUAUAAAGAUUUUGUUAGAUUAUACAAAAAUGGCUUGCCUGAACCACUCGCCCCGCAUUUAGAGAAAAGAUUCAAAAGGGCUCUAGAACUGACUGAGAUUGAACCUGAAUAUCAUGAUCUCUAUCAACCAUUUUUUACCUAUGGUUUUGAUGUUAUGAGCUUGGGAAGUUCCUAUAGUAAAUAUGGAGUAAUAGUGGGAUUACCCUUCAGUUUUACAUAUGAUGAUCCUGAAAAAAUUGAUAAAACAAGAAUAAAGAUACGUCAAGAAUCAGUUCCUUGGGGAACAGAGGAGGCCCAGAAGUUUCUGAAAUCUCUUAUUUUUUCCGAAAAUGCCCAAUUAUAUGCAAUGGCGAGAGAAAUUAAACUCCGGAACUCAGUGAAACCAAUGUCUGACAUGCUUUGUGGAGCAGCUUCUUGCAUGGUAGCUUACGGCCUGAGUCAACAUAUCAAUCAAAAAUUUGAUUUUUAUUCCAAACCCCGGCAAUUGAGAGUUGUGCUCUAUAUGCUGGUUGGUUUGUUUGUGUUUGGGUUUUACGCAAUGUCCAAAGAUAUGUUACAACUAUAUAUCGAGGAGACAAUUGAUAAGGAAUUGCGAGAUAAAAACGAAGUUUUUGCUAAAGGCGGCAGAGAAUUUUAUAGUAAGAUACUAGAAAGAAAUAUGGCAUUAAGAAAAUUAUUGGGAAGAGAGGGGGAGAAGUUAUACAGUAUACAUGGAAAUGAAAACUUUUUAAUAAGAAACAAACACCUACCGCUAGUGCAUAGAAAGUCAAUUUUUGAAACUGUAGAAUAGACUCUGAUUAUAGUACUAAUCAUACCAUUUUAUGUAGGGUUCUAAAAAAAGUGGUGUUGUAUGAUUUGAGUUAACUGUUGUAUAAAAAUUUUGCUGUUCACAUCUGAAACAUGUAUUUUUUAGUGACAUCUAAACUUUUCCUACAAAUUAUAUUGAAGAUAAUGAAAUUGUCUAUAAAGUAAUGUAUAUAGCUACUGGAUAUCUAGUGUUCAAAAGUCUUUUAUGUGGAUUAUUUAUUGUUAUUUAAAUAACAUAAAAUUCUUUAAUUUGUA